CCUCUCCCCCCCCCACCGGUCUCCUAAGGAUGGAUCAUUCCCAGUGCCUUGUGACUAUAUACGCCGUGGUGGUUCUGCUGGGUCUCCGGCUGGAGCAAGGCGCCGGCCAGCACUAUCUGCACAUCCGACCGGCUCCCAGCGACAACUUGCCCUUGGUGGAUUUAAUCGAGCACCCGGACCCUAUCUUUGACCCCAAGGAGAAGGAUCUUAACGAGACCUUGCUAAGGAACCUCAUGGGCGGACACUUCGACCCUAACUUUAUGGCUAUUUCCUUGCCCGAGGACCGGCUUGGGGUGGACGACCUGGCUGAGCUGGACUUGCUGCUCAGGCAGAGACCCUCGGGAGCGAUGCCCGGCGAAAUCAAAGGGCUGGAGUUCUACGACGGGCUGCAGCCGGGCAAGAAGCACAGGCUCAGCAAGAAGCUGCGCAGGAAGCUGCAGAUGUGGCUCUGGUCCCAGACCUUCUGCCCGGUCCUAUACACGUGGAACGAUCUCGGCAGCCGCUUUUGGCCCCGGUACGUCAAAGUGGGCAGCUGCUACAGUAAAAGGUCUUGUUCAGUCCCAGAAGGCAUGGUGUGCAAACCUGCCAAGUCCGUGCAUUUAACGAUCCUGAGGUGGCGGUGCCAGCGGCGGGGGGGGCAGCGGUGCACAUGGAUACCCAUCCAGUACCCCAUCAUUUCGGAGUGCAAGUGCUCGUGCUAGGGCUUGCACCUCCCUUCUCUCGCCCCUUCUCCAGCGGACUCACGUGGACCUUUGCUGCAACAAAAAUAAAAGACAUUUGCUUUCUGGUUAACGUUGUAAUGCACUGUAACGUGUAGGAGAAUGUAUAUUGUGUGUAUAUAUGGCACCGUUUUAAUAUACUAUUAAAAGGUCAGUAUUAUACGUGAAAUAAUCAGCGUCUACUGUAUUUUUAAGACUAUUACCCUGA